AUGUCUGUCUCUCGCUCUCGAUAUCUGACUGUCUGUGCCUGCCUGUCUCUCUCACUCUCACUGUAUCUGUCUUUCUCUGACUAUAUCUGUCCGUCUGUCUUUCUCUCUGACUGUCUAUCUCUCUGUGACUCUGUCUGUUUCUCCUUUUCUCUAACUGUACCUGUCACCCUUUUAUACACGCUUACGCCUGUCCCUCUAUCUCUCUCAAUCUCUGUCUGUUUUGUCUCUCUAAUGCAUCAUGUCACUGUCUAUUUUCUUUCACUCUUUCAGAGUCUCCGAUCUCUCUUUUCUUGUCUUUAUCAGCUAUACUGUGUCUAUCUUACUCGCGCUGUUUUUCUUUCUGUCUCUCCAUCUCUUAUUCUCUUUAUUUCUAUUAUGAUCUCUCUCUCUCUCUCCGUUUUGUGUGCCUGUACCAGUAACACUAUAUCUCUUUUAUUCUAUCUAUCUGAGUCCCUUUCUUUCUUGGUGUUUCUUCCUCUCUUCUCCUGUCACUCUUAUCCUAAUUUUGUCUUUCUCUUUAUCUCUCUUUAUUUCCGCUUUUUCUAUUUUUGUUAUCCUCUCUCUCUCUCUCUCUCCUAUUUAUCUCUUUCCAUUACUCUUUGUCUUUUCUUGCUACAUGUAUUGCGAUCUUUAUGUCUCUCACACGUAUUUUCUGUUCUAUCACUUUCUGUCUCUCAAAUCUUUAUCUCUGCCUUUUGUUCUGUUCAUAUUGUUCAAUCUCUCUUAGUCUUUCUUUGUUCGUUUGUCUCUUUUCUAAUUCUCUUUGUUCCUCCCCUCUUUCUUUUUCUUAGCUUCUCUUUCUUUGUCAUACUGUUCCUUUCUCUCUCUGUCUCUCUGCUUUUCUCACAUUUAAGUCUUUGCCGUCAUUUCCCUCUCUGUUUUAUCACUUUUCUUCUCUGUUAUUUAGUCCUUCUAUCUUUGUCAUUUUUUAUUUUCUUUCUCUCUCGCAUCUUUUCUUCAUCCGACCUACUAUCACAUCUCGCUGUCUCCUCCCCCAACUCCCUCUCUCUCUCUUUUAACUUUCUAUCACUGCCUUCGUGUCACUCGCUCUUUUUAUCUCAUGACUUUUCUUCUGUUGUCCUCUUUCCUGCUGUCUUUUCAUUUAUCUUACUAAUACUUACACUCUUAUUUUUUUUUAUUUCUAUAUUUAUAUCUGACGCAUUUUGUACCUUUCUUUGUCUUUUUCUCUCCCUUAGUCUAGCUGUCUCCCUUUGUUAUACCCCACUAUCUCUUUCUCUCUCUCUUCCUGUCUUUCCUUUUCUGUUUUCAUAUUAA